CAGCGAUGUAGUCCAGAAAGUAAACUGAGUAAAAACAGUCGGCACACCGCACAAGACUUUUAGUCACACAUAUUUUAGCAGGGAAGAAAAUCGAGCCCAGUCAUAAAUCAGUACCACCAACAUUGAUUCAAAGACAUGGCGGACGACAAGCUAAAGGAUCUGGCAGAGCUCAAGGACCAGCUAGAGGAUAUUCAGCACCGUGUGGAGAAGGAGGUACAGGCUGGGAUCCCACAGGGUGGCAGUGUGCUGGCCUCUCCUUUCCUCAAGGGCUUCUUGGCAGGGUAUGUCGUGUCUAGGCUGCGAUCCUCUGCGGUUUUGGGCGUGGUCCUUGGGACUUGCACAGGCAUCUUUGCAGCUCAAAACUUUGACGUGCCCAACAUCGAGGAAACUCUGAAAGACUAUUUCAACACUCUUAAAGGACCCAGCAAGUAGCAGCCCUGGUUUUGGGGGGAAAUGUGGAUCUCUGAACCAAUAAACCACACCUCCCUGCCCCAUCAAAAGGAUCCAUUGGACUACCCCACCUCCAAGCCCUCUAUUUUAGAUUGCACAAUGUCCUGAACUGAGAGAAAUUAUACGAUGUGUGUUUGUUAGGAGACAUUUUGGGGAAAACGAUAUAUUCCUUGAAUUACGCGUUAAGUGUCUUUACAAUCAUCUCUUGCAAUGUGUGCAAUAGUCCUGCAGGGACUUUAGCCUAUGUUUUUAUAUUAACUGGAAAGAUAACAUUGUUCCUAUUUUAUGCAAUAAGGAUUUUACUUAUGGAAGUAGGUGCUUUAUAGUGCGAGAUCUUGUUUGCCUCAGGUCAGCUUUCUAUUUCGUCUUGCUCGCAGAUCAACCAUAUAACCUUGUUAUACCCAAAUGAUAUGUAUAACUUGUAGUAUCCAGAUUUUAAACAUGACUAAGAUAAUAUUAUGUUCAUAUAUAUGUAACCGAUGUGAAAUGGCUAGUUAGUUAGCGGUGGUGCGCGCUAAUAGCAUUUCAAUCAGUGACGUCACUCGCUCUGAGACUUGAAGUAGGGUUUCCCCUUGCGUUGCAAUGGCCGCGGCCUUUGUGGCGCGAUGGGUAACGAUGCUUCGUGGGUGUCAGUUGUUGAUGUGUGCAAGGGUCCCUGGUUCGAGCCCAGGUUGGGGCGAAGAGAGGGAUGGAACCUACACUGUUACAUUGG